GGGAACUGUCAGAAGAACUAGAUAGCUUCCUGUGUGGAUUGCUGUGUGUGUUACAGACACAGCAAAGGAAAAACAGCAAAGAUGGGGAAGAGGAAGUUCUCUGGGUUAGAGAUAACCCUCAUGGUGAUGUUUGUCAUAAUCGGAAUUGUUGCCAUAGCACUCAUCGUCCUGCUUGCUACAGAUAAAAAUGAGACAAAUCAAUCUCAGAAUCAAACAGAAUUUGUAGCCCAGUGUCCAAAUAUUCCCCUGGCAGAAAGAGUGGACUGUUUUCCAGACCUCGGUGCUUCUCAGCAAAGGUGUCGAGAGCGUGGCUGCUGUUGGGGUCCACUUGAUGAAACAAAUGUGCCUUGGUGCUACUUCUCUAGUAAUCAUAGCUACAAUGUGGUUAGUGAAAGCCAGCUGAGUAGUACAAAACUGGAGGCCAGACUGAAGAGACAGGAUGCACCAUCGCUGUAUGGUUCAGACAUUCUGGAACUAUCCUUUAUAGCAGAAAUGCAGACAGAAAAUCGCCUUCGAUUCAAGAUCACUGAUGCAAAUAAACCCCGGUUUGAAGUUCCUCAUGAACACAUUCAAUCACUGUCCAGUUCUUUGAAUGGACCACUAAAGUAUGAGUUUGAGCUUCUCAAGAGCCCAUUUGGAGUUAGAGUACGUAGAGCGUCCAACAAAAAAGUCCUCUUUGAUACCAGUAUUGGACCACUGGUUUUUGCUAACCAGUACCUGCAGCUCUCAGCCAAACUCUCCUCAGAUAACAUCUAUGGGCUUGGUGAGCACGUCCACAAGAACUUUCGCCAUGAUAUUAAAUGGAAGACCUGGCCAAUAUUUGCACGAGAUGCCUUUCCCAAUGGUGGCACUCACAACCUGUAUGGUCACUACCCCUUUUUUAUGUGCCUGGAGGAUGAAAGUGGUGAAUCCUUUGGUGUUUUUCUAAUGAACAGCAAUGCUAUGGAGGUGACUCUUCAACCAGCACCUGCUGUGACCUACAGAACAAUUGGAGGAGUUCUGGACUUUUAUAUCCUGCUUGGAGACACACCGGAGGCUAUUGUGCAGCAGUUUACAGAGUUGGUUGGCAGGCCAACCAUUCCUCCAUAUUGGGCUUUGGGUUUCCAGCUCUCUCGCUGGGACUAUGGCAGCCUGGAAGAACUGAAAAAAAUAGUGGAGAGAAAUCGAGCAAUUGGCCUUCCUUAUGAUGUGCAGUACACAGAUAUAGACUACAUGGAGGAAAAAAAGGAUUUCACAUAUGAUAUGGUGAAGUUCAAAGGCCUGCCAGAGUUUGCUGAUUACAUGCAUGCAGAAGGGCAAAAAUAUAUUCUCAUAUUUGAUCCUGCAAUUGCCACAAGCAAGAGAGUCAAUGGCGAAGAAUACGCGUCAUAUAACAGAGGAACACAAGUGGAUGCAUGGAUCACUGAGGCAGAUGGAAAGACUCCACUACUGGGAGAGGUCUGGCCUGGACAAACCGUGUUUCCUGACUACACAAAGCAAUCAUGCAUCAAGUGGUGGGUGGAUGAAAUUGUCCAGUUCCAUAAACAAGUAAAUCAUGAUGCAAUCUGGAUUGACAUGAAUGAAGUUUCAAACUUUUUGAAAGGCUCCACUAAAGGAUGUGCUGAUAAUACACUGAAUUAUCCACCUUUCACUCCAAAUAUCCUUGAUAAUUUGAUGUACAGUAAGACUUUGUGCAUGGAUGCCAAACAGUUUUGGGGAACUCAUUAUGAUGUUCACAGUCUUUAUGGAUAUUCCAUGGUGUUGGCAACAGAAGAGGCUGUAAGGCAAGUCUUUGGCAGCAAUCGCUCAUUUAUUCUCACUCGUUCUUCUUUCCCUGGAGUUGGAAAAUAUUCAGGCCACUGGCUUGGUGAUAAUGCUGCCAACUGGAAUGAUAUUAAAUGGGCAAUACCUGGCAUGCUGGAGUUCAACCUAUUUGGAGUACCCUAUAUCGGUGCAGAUAUCUGUGGCUUUUUUGAUGACACAACUGAGGAGCUAUGCACACGAUGGAUGCAAGUUGGGGCUUUUUAUCCAUUUAGUCGCAAUCACAAUGCUCAAUACUACAAAGCUCAGGAUCCUGCAGCAUUUGGUGCCAACUCUGUCCUGGUCAAAAGUUCCAAAUACUACCUGAGCAUCCGCUACACACUCCUGCCAUACCUUUACACACUCUUCUAUAAAGCCUACAUCAAUGGUGACACUGUAGUGAGACCAGUCAUGCAUGAAUUCUACUCAGACAGUGCAACAUGGACAGUGGAUCGUCAGUUCCUUUGGGGAGCACAUUUGCUUAUUACACCUGUAUUAGAUGCUGGUGUGGACACAGUGGAAGCAUACAUUCCUGAUGCUGUGUGGUACAGCUAUGAGACCGAGGAGAAAGUCAAAGAGCGUAAACAAACAAUUCAAAUGCACCUGCCCCUGGAUAAGAUGGGUCUUCACAUUAGAGGUGGAUCUAUUCUGCCAAUCCAGAGACCUGCAGUCACUACUGUGCAUAGUCGUCGAUCUCCUAUGGGCCUGAUCAUUGCUCUCGAUGAUAGUAACCAGGCAUCAGGCGAACUGUUCUGGGAUGAUGGAGAUUCAAGAGAUACUGUUUCAUCUGGGGCCUACAUUCAUUACCACUUCUCGGUUAUGCAGGAAGUGCUGACCAUGCAAGUUCUGCAUAAUGGUUAUGCUGACCCAAACAAUCUGGUGUUUGAGAACAUCACAGUUUUAGGACUGAGCAGGCCCCCAAUGACUGUGACCAUCAAUGAUGGUGACAUGACUACUGCCAUACCAGAAUCCAACAUUCAAUAUGACUCAUUUAAGAGGGUGCUACAUCUAAGAAAUCUUCAACUACAGCUGGGAAAGAAUUACACACUCACCUGGAAUUCCGUUGUUGAGAAUUUUCAACGGUUUGACUGCCAUCCUGGGGAAAGCGCCACUGAAGAUUCAUGCACAAAAAGAGGCUGCAUCUGGCAGCCCACAAAUCUCAACGGUGUUCCAUGGUGUUAUUUUCCCAUGGAUUAUGGCUACAUCUCAGACCUUGUGGAGGAAACACCAACUGGAUGGAGCUUUAAUAUCAAGCGUAAUGAAAAAUACCCUAUUCAACGUAUUUUAUCAAAAGACAUCAACACACUGCGAGUAGAAAUCACAUAUCUGAGUGGACAUUCCCUACGGUUUAAGAUCUUUGAUCCAGCUACUAACCGUUAUGAAGUUCCUGUUCCACUUGAUUUACCAUCCACUCCAGAGAUACAGGAGGAAAAGAGAAUGUACUCAGUAAAUGUCACAAAACAACCAUUUGGUAUUCAGGUGAUCAGGAAAAGCACAGGAACCGUCAUAUGGAAUUCCUCACUUCCUGGCUUUAUUUUCUCGGACAUGUUUAUACAAAUCUCAACUCUACUUCCUUCACAAUAUAUAUAUGGCUUUGGAGAGACAGAACACACAAGCUUUAGACAUGACAUGAACUGGCACACAUGGGGCAUGUUCAGCAAGGACCAACCUCCAGGGUACAAGCUGAACAGUUAUGGCGUGCAUCCCUUCUACAUGGGCCUGGAGCCAAGCACUGAUGCUCAUGGAGUCUUGUUGCUCAACAGCAAUGCCAUGGAUGUAACAGUUCAGCUGACGCCCGCUCUCACUUACCGCACCAUUGGCGGUAUCCUUGACUUUUACAUUGUGAUGGGUCCCACUCCAGAACUGGUGGUACAAGAGUACACUGCGAUGAUUGGCCGUCCAGUUUUCCCAGCAUACUGGUCUUUGGGAUUCCAGCUUUGUCGCUAUGGCUAUGCUAACGAUUCAGAAAUUGCAGAGCUUUAUACUGAUAUGAUGAAUGCUGGUAUUCCUUAUGAUGUGCAGUAUGCAGAUAUCGACUACAUGGAAAGGCAGCUCGACUUUGUGCUUGAUAAGGACUUUACCAACCUUCCUAAUCUGGUCACAAAAAUGAGGGAGGAAGGCAUGCGCUUCAUAUUUAUCCUGGAUCCUGCGAUUUCAGGAAAUGAGACAGCUUAUCCUGCCUUCCAGCAUGGUGUUGAAAAUGAUGUAUUCAUUAAAUGGCCUGCUGAGUUGGGUGAUGGCAUCGUCUGGGGAAAAGUGUGGCCUGAUUAUCCAAAUGUCACUGUUGAUGACUCUCUGGAUUGGGAAACACAAGUAGAGCUGUUUAGGGCCGAGGCAGCAUUCCCAGACUUCUUCCGAAACAGUACAGCAGAGUGGUGGCAGACAGAAAUCAAUGACUUCUAUGCAAUCAUGACAUUUGAUGGACUGUGGAUCGACAUGAAUGAGCCAGCUAGUUUUGUUGAUGGCACUGUUGGAGGAAAGUGUCUAGGCCCAGCAAUCUAUGAUGUUCCACCAUACAUGCCACCACUUGAGUCUAAAGAACGGGGGCUGAUCCACAAAACCCUUUGUAUGAACAGUCAGCAGUUCCUUCCCAAUGGCACUCCAGUUAAACACUAUGAUGUGCACAACCUGUAUGGCUGGUCUCACACUAAACCAACUUAUGAUGCCUUGCUAAAAAUAACAGGGAAGAGAGGAGUCGUGGUGACCCGCUCGACAUACCCAAGCAGCGGGCGAUGGGCAGGACACUGGCUGGGAGAUAACACGGCUGCCUGGGACCAACUCUACAAGUCUAUAAUAGGAAUGAUGGAAUUCAGUUUGUUUGGAAUCCCUUAUACUGGAGCUGAUAUUUGUGGCUUCUUUAACCCAGCUGAGUAUGAGAUGUGCCUUCGAUGGAUGCAGCUGGGAGCAUUUUACCCAUAUUCCAGGAAUCAUAAUGGCAAGGGUACCCCGAGACAAGAUCCAGUGGCAUGGGACACUGAAUUUGCUACUGCAUCUCGUGAUGUGUUGAACAUCCGUUAUACACUCCUCCCCUACCUGUACACACUCAUGUUUGAGGCUCACACUCAAGGAACCACUGUGGUCCGGCCUAUGCUGCAUGAGUUUGUGAAUGAUAAAGUGACAUGGGACAUUUAUAGACAGUUCCUGUGGGGACCAGCACUGCUCAUAAGUCCAGCUCUAGAUAAGGGAGAAACUGAGGUAAAUGGCUACAUCCCUAAUGCCCGCUGGUAUGAUUACCACACGGCAAAGUUGGUGAAUGUGAGAGGCAAGUUUCUGACCAUGCCAACGCCACUCAAUCACAUCAACCUACACAUAAGAGGAGGAUUUAUUCUACCAUGGCAAAAACCAGAAAACAACACAAAAUACAGUCGCAGAAAUCCUCUUGGUCUGAUUGCUGCUCUUGAUGAUGAUGGAACAGCAAAAGGUUCUCUAUUCUGGGAUGAUGGAGAGGGAAUUGACACAUAUAAGAAGAAAGAAUAUCUCCUGACAAACUUUAUGGUGUUCAAGAAAACACUUUGGAACUCGGUUAUGCAUUAUGGUCUAGCAACAACUGAUCAACUGAGACUUGGCCAAGUAAAAGUUUGGGGUACAGGAAGUCUCCCCAUCACUAAGGUGACCAUGAAGACAAGUGGACUUGAAACACCGCUGACUUUUUCCCAUAAUUCACAGACAGGGGAGCUGAUUAUUGAUGCAACUAGCAAAUCUCAUGCAGUAGGAGAACAAUUCUAUAUCAUGUGGAGCACAGAAAUAUAAAAGAAAAAUGCAAAACCAGGAUUAAUUUACCAAUUCUCAUUAUAUUUAAUACAAUUUCCAGAUUUUACAGAAAUUCUAUCAGAUUCAGAUCACUACUGAAAAGCAACUAUGAGUAAAUUAUAUCUUAUAAAACUUGUUCAUUGUGAUCUUAUUUUCCAGGCAACAUCUAAACUGUAAAAAAAUUAUUGUAAUAAAUUGAAGCUAAAAAAAAUACCA